GCGAGGUUUUGGCGCUGCCCAAGGACAACGAGGAGGUGGCGCCCGUGGAUGGUGGGGCCGAUGAGCAUGGCGGUGGCGGCAAGAGCUGGAGGUUGCGUGUGAAGGAAACGCUGCGGGCGUUCAGCAGUAACUACCAUCACUUUGUGCAGGAGGAACAACAAAGAGAGCAGGCUGUAAGGCAAGAGCUGAAGGCCUCCAGGGCUCUCAAGCGUCAGGAGUUGAUGUUGGAGAUCAAUUCUACUCACGUGCUGAGAUGGUUGUGCUAGGCAUACAUGGCCAUUGGAUGAAGGGUAUAGAUUAUAUGGGUUCGAAACAUCAAGAUAAGCCAGGGUAUCAAGAUUUAAUUUUCCCUCUUGCCACCUGCAUUGUAAUGUCGGGGGCAUAUGAAGAUGAUUUUGACAAAGCUGACGAAAUUAUUUACACUGGCGAAGGAGGAAAUAAUUUGCUUGGUAACGGUCACCAGAAAACUGAACAAACAUUGCUUCGGGGAAACUUGGCACUGAAGAAUAGCAAGGAUAAUGGCAACCCUAUACGGGUUAUUCGUGGCCAUAUAGAAAAGAACAGCUACACUGGAAAAGUUUACACCUAUGAUGGAUUGUACAAGGUAGUGGAUUGCUUGUCAGAGAAAGGAGUGCGCGGGCAUUUGGUUUUCAAAUUCAGAUUGAAGCGCCUUGAAGGUCAACCACCUUUGACAACUUCCAGGGUGCUGUUUAAUCGUGGAGAUGUUCACAUGCCAAUUUCUGAAUUACCUGGGUUGGUUUGUCGGGACAUCUCUUAUGGGCAGGAGAACAUUCCAAUUCCUGCUACAAAUUUAGUUGAUAAUCCUCCUGUUCCUCCAUCUGGCUUUGUGUACUCUAAGUCACUGCAGAUUCCAGAAUAUAUCAAAAUGCCAGCUGACAGCAUUGGUUGUAAUUGCAAAGGAGAUUGUUCUAGCUCUACACACUGCUUGUGUGCUGAUCGCAAUGGUUCCGAUCUACCAUAUGUGUCUAGUCAAAAGAAAGUUGGAAGGUUGGUGGAGCCCAAAGCAGUUGUGUUCGAGUGUGGUGCUACUUGUAGCUGCCACUGCAGCUGUGUAAAUAGAACAUCCCAGCAAGGAUUGCAAUACCGCCUAGAGGUGUUCAAGACUGAGUUAAAAGGUUGGGGCGUAAGAACGUGGGACACUAUUCUUCCAGGGGCACUCAUCUGUGAAUACACUGGGGUAUUGAGGAGGAACGCUGAAGUUGAAGGUUUGCUGGACAACAACUACAUAUUUGAUAUAGACUGUCUUCAGACCAUUAAAGGCCUGGAUGGGAGGAAGCAAAGGUCUGGCUCAGAACUGCAUAUGGCAUCUCUUCAAGAUGAGCAUGACUCCGAGGCUUCUCAAGCCCCAGAGUAUUGCAUUGAUGCUGGUUCCAUUGGCAACAUUGCGAGGUUCAUAAAUCAUAGCUGCCAACCGAACCUUUUCAUCCAGUGCGUACUGAGCUCACAUAGAGAUAUCAAGCUAGCAAAAAUCAUGCUUGUUGCAGCUGAUACCAUACCACCUCUUCAGGAACUCUCGUAUGACUACGGGUAUGGCAUGGACAGUGUCAUUGGUCCAGAUGGCAAUGUUGUCAAGUUAGCUUGCCACUGUGGUGCCUCUGACUGCCGAAAACGGCUCUAUUAGGUGCUUUGACAGUGCCCUCCAAAGUUAGCUUGCUACUGUGGCGCCUCUUACUGCCGAAGGCGGCUACAUUAGGUGUUUUGACCGUGUCACGGUGCUUCUAGGGAUACUCUUAACAUUAUUACGCUUCAUAGGACGCCAUGCCAUGUUUGCUGUGUAGCACAAGGGUACCAACCCUGGUGAAACAUUUCAUUUUGUGUAGAUGACAUGCUUGUUGUGCUACUUAACCGACAUUCAGCCAAUAGCAUGACUAAAUUAAUAUAUUAUGGGGUUUCCUUUAGCAACAUUUUUUAUUUACCGUUU